ACACAUCACAACCUCUUUUUGAAUACCAUUCCGGAAAAGGGUUUCUUUCUUCUAGGGUUAACCAACCCUGAUCUUCAGAUCUCUAUUCAAUUCAAAUCGCAUGAUGGAAGUAAACAGCAAGUUCCUGAAUGUAGCCGUCCUCCUCAUCGCCACUCUCUUCGCCGCCAAAAUCAUAUCCGCCUUCUUAAUCCCCAGAUCCCGUAAACGAUUGCCGCCGCUGGUCAAAGCGUGGCCGUUGGUAGGUGGAUUGCUCCGCUUCUUGAAAGGACCGGUAAUAAUGCUGAAGCAAGAGUACCCUAAGCUAGGGAGCGUUUUCACGCUAAAUUUGUUGAACAAGAACAUCACUUUCUUGAUCGGACCCGAAGUUUCAGCCCACUUCUUUAAGGCUUCGGAGUCGGAUCUCAGCCAGCAAGAGGUCUACCAGUUCAAUGUGCCAACUUUUGGGCCCGGCGUUGUUUUCGAUGUGGAUUAUUCAGUAAGGCAGGAACAGUUUAGGUUCUUUACCGAGUCUCUCAGAGUCACUAAACUUAAGGGGUAUGUGGAUCAGAUGGUUACUGAAGCUGAGGAAUAUUUCUCCAAAUGGGGGGAUAAUGGUGAAGUGGACCUAAAAUAUGAACUAGAGCACCUAAUCAUCCUCACAGCCAGUAGAUGUCUAUUGGGUGAAGAAGUUCGUAACAAGCUCUUUGAUGAUGUGUCGGCCCUCUUCCAUGACCUUGACAAUGGCAUGCUCCCUAUCAGUGUGAUAUUUCCUUAUCUGCCCAUCCCAGCCCACCGUCGUCGUGACCAAGCCCGCAAGAAGCUUGCAGAAAUCUUUGCAAGCAUCAUAGCUGCCCGUAAACAAACUGGCAAGUCAGAGAAUGACAUGUUGCAAUGCUUUAUUGAGUCCAAGUACAAAAAUGGUCGGCCAACAACCGAAUCUGAGGUCACUGGACUUCUGAUUGCUGCUCUGUUUGCAGGGCAGCAUACAAGUUCAAUCACCUCAACAUGGACGGGAGCAUACCUACUAGCCAACAACAAGUACAUGUCUGCGGUGGUUGAUGAGCAAAAGAAGCUGAUGGAAAAGCAUGGUAACAAGGUUGAUCAUGACAUAUUGUCAGAGAUGGAAGUGUUGUACAGAUGCAUAAAGGAAGCUUUGAGACUUCAUCCACCUCUAAUCAUGCUUCUGCGUAGCUCACACAGCGAUUUCAGUGUGACAACCAAGGAAGGGAGAGAGUAUGACAUUCCAAAGGGGCACAUAGUUGCCACAUCUCCUGCCUUUGCAAAUCGACUCCCACACAUCUACAAGGAUCCAGACACCUACGACCCAGAAAGAUUUGAUGCUGAUAGAGAGGAAGACAAGGCAGCAGGAGCAUUCUCAUAUAUAUCUUUUGGUGGUGGCAGACAUGGAUGUCUUGGUGAACCCUUUGCUUAUCUGCAGAUAAAAGCAAUAUGGAGCCAUUUGUUGAGAAACUUUGAGUUGGAAUUGAUCUCUCCUUUUCCAGAAACCGACUGGAACGCGAUGGUUGUUGGUGUCAAAGGCAAGGUUAUGGUGCGUUAUACGCGAAAAGGGGUUCCAGUCAACUAACCUGGAAACGUUUGUUUUUCUUUUUCCAAAUUCUGGUGUGCAAGCCAAAAAGUCUUCCAGUCAACACACACUAGAAUGGCUCUACUACAUUUGUUUUUCCAAUUUUUGGAUGUCUUCUUUUUCUAUUUUUACCUUAUGUAUCUUUUGAUUUUUGAUGCUUCCUUUAAACCAGGAUUGGGAUUUGCUUUAAGGUAUGGUCUGUGCAAGCAUUUCAGUAA